AUGGAACACAAUAUUGGAAGAAGUAGGCUUGGUAGACCGAGUCAGGCACAUUCUUCUGCUCGACGAGAGGCUACUCCCGGCAAUCCUCCUGCUAAAAGAGGUCGUCGUAGACAAGGACAACCUCCGUCUCAAGGAACACAUGAUAAUGAAGCGGGGGGGUCAGGCGCGACACGAUCACAUUCACGACGACAACAAGUUGAUGAUGUUGACGUAGAUGCAGCUGAAGAUGGGAAUGUAAAUGUUGGUCAAUAUUUUGCCGAUGAUGCAGACUGGCCCGAUGAAGAUGAAGAACCACCGGAACAAGAAAUGCAACAACCACCACAUCAACCACCACAUGCACCCAAUUUGCAACCAGAGGAUGGCUAUCCGGGAGGACCUUUUAAUUUUUCCUUAUUAACGGAAUACCACAAGCAUAGGGCAAUUCCGAUAUGGAAUGCAGAGCCUGAUGAUGAAAAGAUUUUGAAGAAAACUAUGCGGGCCAUUACCAACGGAAAGAGGGUUAUCAACCUUCCAAAAAUGGAUCGGAAUGUGGACUGGUUUUGGAGAGCCAUAGAAGCAACCGGCUUAGAGCCGCUAACGAGGACCAAUUACAGUAUAAUAGACCAUGGGGUUCUCACUGCAUUUGCCGAGAGAUGGCAUUCGAAGACCAGCACCUUUCACAUACCAAUAGGUGAGGUUGGCAUCACAUUGGAUGACGUCCAAUGUCUGUUACAUAUACCGAUCGAGGGAAAGCUGUUGAACCACAGAAAGAUAACAAGAGCUGAAGGAGUUGAACUUGUCAAUACAUAUCUUGGAGUGCCUGAAUCCAAAUGUUGGGAAUAUUUUAUUGAUACCCACGGUCCGCAUAUAACUUAUGGAGAGCUAGCAUUUGUGUAUACUACAAGAUGGGAGGAAGUUGACAAAGCUGUGAAUGAAAACCGACCGAUGCAUGAAAUUACGGUGUUGAGGCAGCAGUGUAUUAGGGCUUUUUUGUUGUUUUUGGUGUGCACUACCAUUUUCAGCAACAAAAGCCAAUUCUACGUCGACGUAGUUUAUUUGAGCUACUUUCAGGAUUUGUCAGAGGUGAAUCAGUGGAAUUGGGGUGUGGCUACUUUAACAUAUCUGCAGCACUAUUUGGAUGAUUCGUGCAAGGCGGAUGGUGGGCAAGUAGCCGGAUACUUGUCCUUUUAUCAGGGAUGGAUAAUGAUGCACUUUCCGAAAAUGACUGUGUGGCGUAGAGAUCCCAACUACAGAGAGGAGAUGCCACGUAAUGUCACCUUCAGCACUGGACAAGGACAUAGGGAUCAUGUCCUGUAUAGGCAAUUUUUGGAUAACAUGCAGGUUUCUGAUUUUGAAUUUUGUCCAUACGAUGGCCACCGUCAUGUGAGACCGUUGAUUGAUGUUUGCUGGUUUUUUGGCAUUCCAAGAGACCCUGAUGCGGCUGCUCCAGCUGGGAUGAGUUUGUUGCAGAUUGAUCGAGUGUUUAUGGAAGAGGUUGAGAUGAGAAUGAUUGACGAAGAAAUGAGAGGACCGACUGUUGUGAGAGCAUGGGAUCAUGUACCUGGCUAUAUAUCAUGGUUCUACAAAGUCUCCCAUCCGAUUAUGCGUCCGAUCGCUGCCCCGGAACCACCACCUAGACCAGCAAACUUAGAGGUGCUGAUAGAGGAACUGGAAUCGCAGUCAGUUCCUGAUACUUUGGAUAUAUGCCGCAAUGUCAGAACUGAGCUACGACGCGCACUUGAAGCAAAUGAGGCAUUGCCAGGAACUCCGAUUUAUGAAACUGUGAACAGAGUGCUUGGGUUUGUCGAACCAGCAUUUUUGUACCGAUCAAGGCGCAGACUACCGGGUAGAGGAAGAUUUGACCCACAUGAUGCUGCAAGACGCUUUAACACUCAGUGA